CCCACCCCUGCUCCUCUUUCUGCCCGACUCCCUCAGGAUAUUUUUAGCGCUGAUGAUGUGCCCUGUCAAAUCACGUAACGGAAACAACCUCAGAGCUGAAAAGCAGAGCCGCCGUGGAGAGCCCGCUUGCUCAGUUUCAUAUUGAUCUGCAGGGUGGCCGCGGAUGAAAUGAAAUUUGAAAUUAAUCUGGUGUUUUUCGUGUGGGUGGUCCUUACCGGCUCAUCGCAGACAAACGGUCAGAGCAGUACUUUGCCGCCUGUCCUCACCACACCUGCCCUCCAGCAUCAUGCUGGCACCUCAGCAUCUCCUGACCUGACAGAGGAUCCUGGGAACAAGGUCCCAAAGUGGACACAUAAUCCUGCCGGCAGGGAUGAAACCUCGCCUGAAACCACAACCAGUACCAAGAGCGAGGGAACAGUCCAUUCAGAGACUGUGACAAAUGAAGGAUUUAAAAGCCACUUGAUGAGCACGAGCUCUGCAGUGGCAACAUCUCCACACACGGAUGUACCCGUCGUCAUGAUGGCUAACACUGGUACUGCCUCUUCUUCAGCUGCUGCAGGCGGCCUUUCAUCCACACCAACUCCACGGAGCACCACCCCUCUACAUCACGUCUCCACCACUGAAAGCAAAACGCUCAUGACCAGAGACCCCACUACCGCUACCACCACCUUUUCAUCUCAGCCAGCCCACACAGUGCAGGAUGUCAGCUUCACAGCCCACACCUCCACCACUCAGCCACAGUCUGAAUCACACACCACAGGUCGUCCUUCAACCUCAGCUCCAGACCCUGCGGGGCCAACGCACCAGGAAGUCCCAUCUGAACUUAAUGUUGGAGAUGAAGACCUCAAGGGACCCCGAUACCACUCAAGCUCCCCUUUAGACCCCCUGCUGGCUGGUCUGCUGUCAGUGUUCAUUGUCACCACUGCUAUCGUCUUUGUCAUCCUCUUCCUCAAGUUCCGCCAGCGGACAAACCACCCAGAGUUUCAUCGACUGCAGGAUCUCCCCAUGGACGACUUGAUGGAGGACACGCCGCUCUCCAGAUACACCUACUGAUGGAAGCGUCCUCAGUCAUUUCGACCACUCGGAGGUAACAGAGACAGAGCAGACACCAAAGGAGAAGACCAGUGUGGAUGUGAGCAAAGCCUUUGCCUGACGCAGCUGCAUCUCUGCUCACGAGUUUCCCCUUGUGACUGUUUUGGGUCAGUGAUAAACAUGUUUAUCUGUCGCUCUGUGAGAAGGAUUCUUAUAGAGUCUUUUAAAUAAGAGGGUUUUUUCACCUCAGCUUUUUUCCACAUUCCCUUUAAAGUUAAGGAGAUCUUCAGUCUGGUGGGAACCUUAUGUUUCCUUUUGUCUACCUUACUGGACUCCUUAUGUUUGCACAGCACUUUAAUGUGGCACAAGUGGUCACAGUGCCCUCUAGGGGACAUAUGAGGUAAUGUGGAUCAAGGUUGCAUAAAGUCCUCCAAUGUAAAUUAAUUGACCUCAGGUUACCAAGCGAGAAAUAAGAGAGUGAGAGAUAGAGACUGAAAGAGGACAGGAAGAGCUUUGAGACACAUGGGAAAAGUUGCAAACAUGAACAAAUCGAUUAAGGAAUAUAAAUUAUGAUCCCUCAGGCGACCAAAUAUUAGUGAAGUGCACUUUCAAACCAAGUUGCCAGGUUGUUGUCUUAAAGCUGAGGUCUUGCAGAAAAAGCCAUAACUCUGGAAAAACAGACCAGUUCUCUUACAGUAGAAGCCUGCCGUCAUUCAACUGCUCAAAUUUAUUACCUAGUCACUCCAAAUUAUGUAUGGCAAAUAUUUAUUGUUGCAGCUUUUAAUGUGUAGUUAUAUGUGUCAUGGAACUUGUAUCAUUAUAGUCUGAUGCUGGUAUAUAAAACCUGACUUUGGUUAUUCUGUUCUUAAUGAUGAAUAUUUAAUCCACCAAUGCACACUGAGAAGACCCUGCUACACUAAAUAAUCACUUUAAUAUGAGUCAAUUGUAAAGGUAAAACAAACUAUUGUUAAAUGUGUUCAUAUUUAUGGAGGAUGUAAAUGUUUGCGCACAUAGCUUUCAUUCAGCGGUGGAGACGAUAAGAAGCAGUAUCAGGGUGGUUUUCUUCCCUGUAUCUGUAUUAGUUAAGUAUCAUGCAGAUGUGCUGGAUUUAAGCUGUUUUUAACCUAGUGUUACUUUACUGUUAAGUGCCAACAGUGAUGUAUGAUAAUAUGCCAUUUAAAUGCAGACUGUAAGAAUUUAUUGAGAUAAAGAUUUCCUGUUUGAUAAUAAAAUAGAAACCACUAAAAAGCUCCAAGUUGCAUAUGUUUACAGGGUGAGAUGUUGUUUUAUAUUAGCUGUCAUUGUAUCCUGUA